AUGCACGAAACCAUAUGGGAAAGGAGGAUGAAGGAUUACAAGCUUAUCUAUGUGUUUGAUUUUUUCGCCAUUCUCAUAACACUCAUUGCUUAUGCGGUCGUAAAUUACAUUUCGGGAUCGUCCUUAUUUACCGUUCUACCGCUGAUCCCUCUUCUGUCUUCAGCUGCUGUCCUGCCUUUAGGUGUAAUUGGCCUCCUUUAUCAGCAUGCCAAUCUUCUCGUCAUAUACAACACAAGGCUUUCUUUAUUUGUGAUUUGGUGUAUUGUUUGGAUGGGUGUCUCACUUAUAUAUCAAGGUGAAAUUGUGGGGUUGAUCGCUUCCAUUAUUUGGUUCAUAGCUGCACUUCUGUAUUUUUGGGGACUUUAUGUUACAAGCAAAGCGUUGACUUAUAUUACGACACACUACAGAGGGUACGACGAUGUCGAUCCCGAACGUGUGCAAUUCAUAGAACAAAUGCUACGUGAUAUGAUCGACGAAAUCAAGCAAAAGGAGAUUGAUAUUGCAGCGGGUGCAAUCCCCACAACAGAAGAUACUGCAAAAAAGGAUCGUCUCUCAAAGAAAGCUGUAAAGAAAGGACAACGCACACCCCGGAAUAAAGCUGGAUAUGACAAGUCUAAGACCGAGUAAACUGGCGCCGAUGUUUUGAAAGAAGAAGAAAGACGUUACUCAGUAGAAUUUUGACUGUCGUAUAUUAUUCUAUGUUCCCUUAUUCAUUACCA